GGAUUUAUAACCGGGGCCUCCACCCAGCUUGGCGGACUUUCGACUUGAAGCCGGGAGGAAGGGGAACAGCAAGGCGGUUCUGGGAGCAGCGAGCGCACGGGUGGCAGCCGGAGGCCCUGCGAUGGCCAAGUUUCUUUCCCAGGACCAAAUUAAUGAGUACAAGGAAUGCUUCUCCCUGUACGACAAGCAGCAGCGGGGGAAGAUUAAAGCCACUGACCUCCUGAUGGUGAUGAGGUGCCUGGGGGCCAGCCCGACGCCGGGGGAGGUGCAGCGGCACCUGCAGACUCACAGGAUAGACAGAAACGGAGAGCUGGAUUUCUCUACUUUCCUGACCAUUAUGCACAUGCAAAUAAAACAAGAGGACCCAGAGAAGGAAAUUCUUUUGGCCAUGUUGAUGGCAGACAAGGAGAAGAAAGGCUACCUCAUGGCGUCUGAACUGCGGUCAAAACUCAUGAAACUGGGAGAGAAGCUCACCCACAAAGAAGUGGAUGAUCUUUUCAGGGAAGCAGAUAUUGAACCUAAUGGCAAAGUGAAGUAUGACGAAUUUAUCCACAAGAUCACCAUUCCUGUGCAGGACUACUGAAUGAGGAGAAGGCAAGAGAGCCUCCCCUGGGCUGGAAAACUCAGACCGAUGAAUUUUUAAAAAGAAAAGUGUUCCUUUCACUUGCGGGAGAUGGCAAACACAGCAAGAUGACAUACCUGACCGCAGCAGAGGGUAACUUAGCAAGGAAACAAAACGAUUUCAGCUACAGUAUUAGCAUGUCUUUAAUAAAAGAUUUUUACUGAUUUUAAUAA